AUGAUCAAAGACUCUUGCAUUCUAGUCGCCCUUCUCUUGGCUCUGAGUCUUGUCGAGAGCAGCCUGGCGCUGCAUCAACGGGGUGCGCUUCCAUUCGGAGACAAGGCGAUGGACAAGCGCAACCUGGGCGGAGAGCUCAAGGACCUGUACCUGGGCCAUUUCACGCACAACUACUUUUGCACGGAUACGGGUCGCCUCGUGCCCGUCGACCCGGCUACGGGACAGAUGCUGCAGAAGAAUCUGCGAAAGCGCAACUUCAUCGACAAUAUGCUCGGCCACACGCACGCGACCGAGAAGGGCCUCUGCCGCAAUCCAACGUGGGUGCUUCCUCAGGGCUGGUCGCAGCCUAUCCCGAAGACGCAGUUCCUUAAGCAGUAUCCGUGGAUGGUGGUGGACGACCGAGGUCAGAUCCACUUGGAUCCAGAGUAUUUGGCGUGGCUUCAGCAGCGUGCCGCAUCGAUGCCAGCGGCAGGCGCGGGCACCGCCGCUACGGGCACGGGAGCGAGCGCUGCUGCUGGUGGCACAGCCCAAGUAGUUCAGGACGGAGGCGUCGGUUACGUUGCUCCUUCGGCGCAGAACGUGGCGCCCGACCAAGCUGGAACGACGGGCUUCGGAACCAACGGAUUCGGCAAUGGCGUAGCGGCUGGCACCGCUGCGCACAUCUGA